GUUUUAAAGUGUCGUGAAUUAAGCAGAGAACGUACGGAUUAAAUUCGAACGCGCACAAAAUCCCACGAUCGUCGUUCUGCGAGGGUCAGUUCGCGGUUUCGAGUUGUACCGAGCGUCGGGCACAGCAGCCGGAUCAAUCGGUCGGUUUAAGUUUUCAGACAAAUUGUUGUAGAAAAUCACAAGAAAGUAGAAAUAAAUAAAUAAGUGAAUUGAAAAAAAAACACACGCGCAACAUAGCGAAAACAGAAAGGAUUGCAGUGGCAGUGAUUUUUGCGGAGUGUUUUUAAUAAACCUUUAGAAUCUACGUAAAGCCUUCCGAAAAAGCAAACAUGAAGAGCAACCAUUUGGUGGUGGUUAACAGCAAUUAUCAAAACAUACAAACAAAUGAUUAACCAAAAGCAGGCAGUCAGUGUUGGAAAGCUUUAAUGCAAAUUGUUAGUGAAGCUAAUUGAAGCACCCGCGAAAGAGAGGAAAACCCAGAGCAAUUAUUCGACUCAUUUUAUACCAAGCGAUCGUUUUGGUGGUGCGUUUAAGUGUUUUUGUUGUUGUUGUUGUUUUAUUCUGGUGCUGAUUGUUCGGAAGUAACAGUAUUGAAACCGAGAAGAACUGCGGUAGUACCAGCAAGACUGAGAAGCGCAAACAGCAGGGCGAACCGAUCAAUUAAUCGAUCUACGUCAGAGCUUUGAAUAGCUCAGGAAAAGCAGGUGGUGCAGCGGAUAGAAAGAUAACUAGAUCGUCCGAUCGACCGAUCGAUCGGUCUGCCGACGCAUCAUGGGACCCACCAGCAACGCAGUGGAAGAUGAUAGCAGCCUUCCGGAUCUGCCGAAUGAUAUUCUAGAAGCGAAUGACCUGUUGGAUCUUAUAACUGAUAUAAUCGUCGAAGAAAUGCCACCCACAGCACCGGAGAAGCCGUUCGUCGUCAUAACCGAGCAGCCCCAGUCGAAGGCGCUUCGGUUUCGGUACGAAUGCGAGGGCCGUUCGGCCGGUUCGAUACCGGGCGUAAACAGUACGCCCGAACAGAAAACGUUCCCCAGCAUCGAGGUGCGCGGUUACAAGGGCCGAGCCGUGGUGGUCGUGUCCUGCGUCACCAAGGACCCGCCCUACCGACCGCAUCCGCACAAUCUCGUUGGCAAGGAGGGCUGCAAGAAGGGUGUCUGCACCGUGGAGAUCAACAGCAGCAGUAUGACGUACACCUUCAGCAAUCUGGGCAUCCAGUGCGUGAAGAAGAAGGACAUCGAGGAUGCGUUGCGACUGCGGGAGGACAUUCGUGUGGAUCCGUUUAAGACUGGAUACAGUCACGCCAAGCAACCGGCAACCAUCGAUCUGAAUGCCGUCCGAUUGUGCUUCCAGGUGUUUCUGGAGGGCCAACAAAGGGGUCGAUUCACAGAACCCCUCCAACCGGUCGUAUCCGACAUCAUAUACGAUAAGAAGGCGAUGUCGGAUCUGGUCAUUUGUAAACUCAGUGAUAUAACCGCUUCGGUAGCUGGUGGUAAAGAGAUUAUUUUGCUGUGUGAGAAGGUCGCCAAGGAGGACAUUUCGGUACGGUUCUACGAGGAGCAGCACGGAAAGAUCCUCUGGGAGGACAUUGGCGAGUUUCAGCAUACGAACGUACACAAACAGGUGGCCAUCUGCUUCCGAACGCCGCGAUACCGAACGAUCGAGGUGGAGCAUUCUGUGAUGGUGAACAUCCAACUUAGGAGGCCGUCGGAUGGUGCUACAAGUGAACCGCUGCCCUUCGAGCUCAUCCCGCUGGACUCAGCCAAUCUGAGUCAGAAGCGCAAACGGCGCAACUGGGAGGUCCCAGAGCAUACGCCGGAAGUAGCCCGCGGCGCCUACUAUGGUCACAUGCUGAACGUGCCAGGAGACGCUAUCAAAACGGAACCGAGAGAUUCGCCUACACACCAAUUUCUUGGAUUCCAGGGCACCUACCGGAACCCGAACGAAUCGCCGUCCCCAGUGGAACGAUCGCCGGUGGCGCACCACGGCAGCACGACUCCCGUUGGCCCGACCUCCCCGUACACCGUUGGUGGUGCGAAUAGUCUUACACCCACCCCCGGGGGAAGUGGCGGAGGAGGUGGCGCCGGCGGCGCCGGCUACCAGACCAGUCCAGUCAACGAUUUCUUUCUCGGCGCUCAACAACAACAACAGCAGCCACAAUUUCCGAACCAGUACAAUUUCGUCUCAACUUCCCCUGCCAACGGUCUGUCGAUGUACCAGCAGCAGCAAGCCCAGAAUCAUCAGUUCCAAAUCCCCGGCAAUAUUAGCAAUGCACAGCAGUUCAAUCUGGGUAAUCUCGUAAACGGUGGCCUACCCGUCACUCUGACGCAGCCCAGCACCAGCGGAAUGGCGGCGGCGGGCGGUUCCUGCCAGCAGCAAGUUGCUGGCAGCACAACCGAAUAUAACCUCAGCAGCCUGCUCGACAUGGACCUCGGCAAAGAGUUCACCAUGAACUCGUCGGAAAUAAAAUCCAUCAUCGGGCAUUUCUCCAACUCCGAUAUCAAACAGGAGAUGCAAAACAACAACAACAACAACCAGCAGCAGCAGCAUCAACACCCGCGACGAAUGCAACAGGACGAGGAAAACCUUUCGAACAGUUUCACAAGACUGACAACCGGCACGAUGAACGAUUUGGACAAGUAGGCCUUGACUGCCGCGACAGACUGUCGCGGUGACAGGAGACGAAAAGUGAAAUUUGUUUUGUGAGUUUACGAACAAUUUGUAAAAUUUACGAGAAGUAAAGUGUUGAAUUUUACUACACACAGAAUGAUUCUAUCCGAUGAAGACAAACAACAACAA